AGGCAGAGGCAGAGUUCCAUGUCAGUCGGAUCUAUAUCAUGAGUUCCAGGCCAACCAAGGAUACAAUAGUGAGUUUCUGUCUCAAAACAAAGCAACCUUUUCUCUAUUAUACUGCUUUACACAAUUUGCAACAUGUCUAAUAAUAUGCAUGCGAUUAUUUUUCAUAUUUUCAGUGUCCCGUGUCAGUAGCAUAACCUUCAAAACAAUGCGCCCGGCUGGAUUGUGUGGACUUCAAUCCCCAGCAGGCAUUGCGCCAGACACAACGGGAACUACGGUGGCCGAGGAGGGGGAUUGUGUACCCCCUCUCGGUCCUUUCCCUCCCAGAAGCCCGCGGGCGGCUUGGAACCCCGUCGGUAUCAUGGCCGCGGGAGCCGGGACAGCGGGCUCUGCUUCCGGCCCGGGCGUUGUGCGUGACCCGAUGGCGUCACAGCCAAGGAAACGGCCCAGCCGGGAGGGCGGGGAGGGCGCGCGGCGAUCGAGCACGAUGGCGGGAGGAGGCGGGAGCAGCGACAGCGGCGGGCGGGCGGCGGGCCGGCGGGCAUCGCGCAGCGGCGGGCGGGUUCGACGGGGGCGGCACGAGCCGGGGCUGGGAGGCGCGUCGGAGCGGGGCGCGCGGGGGGAAGCGCAGCUGGAGGAGGCGGUCAACCGCUGGGUGCUCAAGUUCUACUUCCACGAGGCGCUGCGGGCCUUUCGGAGUAGCCGGUACGGGGACUUCAGGCAGAUCCGGGACAUCAUGCAGGCGUUGCUUGUCAGGCCUUUGGGGAAGGAGCAUACGGUGUCCCGGUUGCUGCGAGUUAUGCAGUGUCUGUCGCGCAUUGAAGAAGGGGAAAAUUUAGACUGCUCCUUUGAUAUGGAGGCCGAGCUCACACCCCUGGAAUCGGCUAUCAAUGUGCUGGAGAUGAUUAAAACAGAAUUCACACUGACAGAAGCAGUGGUGGAAUCCAGUAGGAAACUGGUCAAAAAGGCUGCUGUCAUUAUUUGUAUCAAAAACAAAGAAUUUGAAAAGGCUUCAAAAAUUUUGAAAAAAUACAUGUCCAAGGACCCUACAACUCAGAAGCUCAGAACUGAUCUCCUGAACAUUAUCCGAGAGAAGAACUUGGCCCACCCUGUUAUCCAGAACUUUUCCUAUGAGACCUUCCAGCAGAAGAUGUUGCGUUUCCUGGAGAGCCACCUGGAUGACACGGAGCCCUACCUCCUCACGAUGGCCAAGAAGGCUUUGAAAUCUGAGUCUGCUGCUUCAACUGCAGGGAAGGAAGAAAAGCAGCCAGUCCUGGAGCCAGUGGAAAAGCCGCUUAGAGAGCCUUCAAGACAGCCUCGGAACACUCCAACCACCAUUGGAAUCAGAACUCUGAAGGCAGCUUUCAAAACUCUGUCCACUGCACAAGACUCAGAGGCGGCUUUUGCAAAACUGGACCAGAAAGAUCUGGUACUUCCUAAUCUAGCAUCCCCAUCAUCACCAACCCACAAAAACAAGAGACCCAGGAAAGAUGAACAUGAAAACUCAGCUCCUGCUGAGGGUGAGGGAGGCUCAGAACUGCAGUCCAAGAACAGUCGAAUGACGAUAAGCAGAUUGGUUUUGGAGGAGGACAGCCAGAUUACUGAGCCCAGCCCAGGCCUCACCUCCUCCCCGGAGGCCAUGUCAGCAUCACCAUCCAAGUCCAGAGCUCUCAACCAACCCCUCACAGGGGAGAAGAACCCCAAAGUAUCCAAAGACAAGUGGAACAGCCCUAACGGGCUUGAAGAAAAAGAAAUUUGGGUGGAAGAGGACCAGCUGUUUGAAGUUCGGGCGCCAGAUGAAGACAAGUCAGCCACUUUAACAAGAAAGCAGAAGUGGACCAUAGAAGAAAGCGAGUGGGUGAAGGCCGGAGUGCAGAAGUAUGGGGAAGGAAACUGGGUUGCCAUUUCCAAAAGUUACCCCUUUAUUAACCGAACAGCUGUGAUGAUCAAAGAUCGCUGGCGGACCAUGAAAAAACUUGGCAUGAACUGAAAAGGCCUCUCAUUUCCACAGGAUUCACAAGAACAUGGUUCUGCGUAAUCGUCGUUGAUGCUCUGAUGUCUCUUUCAGAAGCUGGACUGAGAUGAGAAUUGUGGGCAGCCUCUUUCUGUCCAGGGAGGUCCCAUGAACACUCGCAUCACUGUUGGAGAUCAUGGAGCUGAGAAGCAAAGCCAAGUCUACCCCACAUCUGCAGUAGAAGCGACAGGCACACAGCUUGUACAGUGCAGAAUAUCGUUAGCGUUCGUUCCCCUUUAGUGGUUUGCUUCGAUUUGAAUCCCCAGUAAUCCAUAGAACCUUCUCCUAAGAAAUGAUGGAAUCCUUUAGGAGUACUUAUGAUCCCAUGACCUGUUCAAACCAGCAGUGUGAGCAUUAUCUGGAAUGAACUUAAUCCUUGUUGAGUUUUGGCCUCCUGACUCGAGAACAAAGGAACGCUGUGUGUUGAGAGGUCAGUCCUCGUGGAACCUGCUUCCUUUGAAAACUGUUGAACCACUUGUAUCAUCAGCCCUGGACCUGACUGCCUGGCAUCCCUGUUAACGUGUGCUGGGCUUCAUGGCAGGUUUACCCUCCACACUUCUCAUGUGGUUACAAGUGUGUGUUUGGUAAAGUGGUGAUUGUAGAUAAAGCUUAGCUCCCACCCCCAUCCACCUCCUCCUCAGAGCCCUUCCUUAUGCUGAACUUUUAAAGCUUAAAAAUCAGUCCUGGUUGAAUCCAAUGCCUAACUCACCCUCUGUGAAGUGGUUGCUCCACACUUCCCUGGUCGUGCUGUGGUCGUGUCUUGCACCGGAAUCCAACACCCUUCCCUUUUGUACAGUGUUGUGCUUGCUGUCUUUCAGACACCCUUAAAAACUGUCUUUUUAGCAAAACAAAAAACAAAAAGUUCAGUGAAGUGUUUUCUGUAAUCUUUUUUACUAUGAGAAUGAACUGUUCUACUCUAGCGUUCUUCAUUAAAGUCUUGCUUCUCAA